AACAACUCCCCAUUCGAAAACAAACCUUUUUAAAAAGCGACACGUUGAGUUCAUAUUUGAUGCAUUAUGAAAAAACGUGAUCAAAACUGCAAGAAUUCAGCCAAACAACUUCUCUCGUCCUGGUAGAUUUAUUUGUCAGAUCACAAGUAUCCGCGCUGCGUUUGCAAAGGCAGGAGAACAACUGACCAAACAUCAGGAAAAACAUUGUGUCUCUAAUUCUCAUCCUUAUCAGACCCGUUUGCCUGGUUGGCGCUUGCUGACCUCGCACUCCUCAACCAGGACAAGACCCCGACUCCCUAAAUGAGCAGUGGGAAAAACGUUUUUGAUUCUCAAUUAUUGUUUUAUCCUUAUGUCAUUCAGAAAAAAAUCAAACAAGCGGAGGCUAGAAAUCAACGUCUGAUCAGAGAGCAGAACCGACUACGGUUCGCCGUGACUGAAAAGGAGGCCGCGGUGAAGCUGCUGCGGAAGACGCUGAGGGACAAAAGCGUCAGGCCACCUGGUUACAACGGUGAAGACUCAUGCGAGCAGCGCAAACGGCAGCUGGAGAACAACAUUGACAAGAUGAGAAUGAAGGUCACCGGGGUGAAGGAACUCCAAAAGACCUACCAGCACAUCCAUGACCACCUGCAGCAGGAGGUCCGUGAGAUGGAGCAGGCGCGCGGCCGCAAAGAGCACGCCGUCAGCACCGGACGGGCAGAGGUGGAGAGACUAAGCAGACAGCUCCAGGCAGAAGCAGCAGCUUUGGAGAGCUCACAGGGCAGGUUGGACGAGUUGCUGAGGAAGAAAGAAGAAAUGAAGCUUGACCAACUGAAUGCAGAAGAAAGGAAUCUGAACAGGACACCCGAGAAUCAGAAAGGGCGGGAAAUUGAUGGUGAUGAAGAAAAGGAAGAAGGAGCGCACUCAUUUCAUGUCACAGAUCAUCAGCCUUGUGACGUCAGUGGCGCUUCCCAGUCCGACAGGAAGCUGGUGGAGGACAUGGAGGCUCUGCGAGAAGCUCUGGGCGUCUGUCAUGUGCAGGAAAUAGGUCCCAGAGUGGCGUCUCUGUGGGCCACCAAGGAGCGGCUCCUCGCCGAGGUGACCCGGUACCAGGACGAGAUCAGGCAGGGGGCCAAAGCCUUCGCCGAGCUGGAGCUCCAGCACACCAAGCUCAAGUUCACACCUUCAGCCACGAGGUCAGACGAGCUGAGGGCAGAAGUGAAGGCCGAGCAGGAUGAGAAAGCGCUGCGUGUUCAGCGACUGCAGGCCGAUCUGAAGCGGUCUCAGGCCCUGUUGGACACUGCGGAGCGGGGGGUCAACAACCUGCACUUCAGGAUGAGCUGCGUCCCCGUAGAGGGGCUGUCCAGUGAGUCCCCUACCGAUAGCAUGGAGACACUGAAGGACAUCAGAGCCCGUCUGCCAAUGUUACUACAAAGAGCAUCGGAGCAGGAAGCCGACAGCGGCUUGGACCAAGAGACGGUUUACACUUUAUGCGAACAGCUCAACGCGAUGGAGUCAAGGAACGCCAAGGCACUAAGCAUCCCUACAGACGCGUCCCAUCUCAGCGGCGGUGAAGAGGACAGCGCUCCGUCCCGCGCUGAGAUCAAACGCCGCAGCAGCAGGCUGAUUGAAGCCGGGCGGAAGAAGUCAUCGAGAGGCAGGAGGAAGCAGUAGAGACUUGCAGCCCCAACUCUUGACACAAAGACACAAAUUUGACUCGCGUGGCGUCACACUAACUGCAAGAUUCUUACCUACAAGUUAUUUUUUCACUUGAGACAACAGUGUUUAUGUAUAUUUUCUGAUAUUUUCCCUUUUUUAAAAGUGACACGCCCACAGCGACCCGGCAUGCUGACCCAUGAUCACAGUCUUCAGUAGAUCUGGGUCACAUUAGCAAUGUGUAUUACCACCACUUUGCUUGAAACAUAGAAAUUUAGAAAUGUGCCACUGACACACUUGACCUGAUUAUUGGGUUUAAUCUGUCAAAUGUCAUCAAUAAGUCUCCUUCAUCAUAUGAAAUAAACAAAAAACAAUA